UUCUGUUAUGCAGGUUGUUUAUUGUAGUGGAAAUAAACUAGUAGCUGCUGCUCCGUGAACGCUCCUCGUCGGCGUCCAGUCGCCCGGAGGCUCGCGGCUCCCGGACGUCUCCGCCCCGCUGGAAGUUCGGCCCGAGUGAGCGCGUGAAAAGUUCGCGUUCCCGUCCUCCCCCUCGCGGAGCGUCCUGUCACUGGCGGAAAAUGGCUGCUCGGAGUAGCUCCCCGGAGCUGCGAGCACACUGAGACAAGUCCGCUGCGACGACCGCGGGUCACGUCCGGACCUCCGCCUCGCUGGGAAACACGACGCCCCGGGGACGCCCGGACCGUGGCCAUGUCUCGCUGGGUGCCGACCAAGAGGGAGAAGUACGGCGUUGCGAUCUAUAACUACGAUGCCCGAGGAGAGGAGGAGCUGUCGCUGCAGAUUGGCGACACGGUGCACAUACUUGAGACGUAUGAAGGCUGGUACAGAGGGCACAGGCUGAGGAGAAAAUCCAAAAAGGGCAUAUUUCCUGCUUGCUACAUUCACCUGAAAGAGGCCACAGUUGAGGGAAGCGGGCAAAAGGAGACGGUCAUUCCCACGGAGCUGCCCCUGGUUCAGGAGGUCACUACCACACUGCGGGAGUGGGCAGCAAUAUGGAGGGACCUGUAUGUGGGGGACAAGCGCGAGAUGUUCAGCUGCGUCCGCGGCAUGAUCUACGACCUGAUCGAAUGGCGCUCGCAGAUUCUCUCUGGCACCCUCCCUCAGGACGAGCUCAGCGAGCUCAAACAGAAAGUCACCUCCAAGAUAGACUACGGCAACAAGUACCUGGAUCUCGACCUUGUGGUCAGAGACAAAGAUGGAAACAUACUGGACCCACAGCUCACCAGCACCAUCAACCUGUUCAGAGCACACGAGGCGGCCUCCAAACAAAUCGAAGACCGUAUCCAAGAGGAGAAGUCUCAGAAGCAGAACAUCGAUUUGACCAGACAGGCCAAGUUUGCGUCCACGCCGGCCUUCGCCCUCUUUGUGACUCUGAAGAACGUGGUGUGUAAGAUCGGCGAGGAUGCAGAGGUGCUCAUGUCUCUCUACGACCCUGUGGAGUCCAAGUUCAUCAGCGAGAACUACCUAGUGAAAUGGUCAAGCUCCGGCCUGGUGAAAGACAUCGACCAGCUUCAUAACCUGCGCGCUGUCUUCACGGAUUUGGGCAGCGAGGACCUCAAGAGAGAGAAAAUCAGCUUCGUGUGUCAGAUCGUGAGGGUGGGGCGCAUGGAGCUGCGCGACAACAACACCAAGAAGCUGACGUCAGGCCUGAGGAGGCCCUUCGGCGUGGCAGUAAUGGAUAUCACGGACAUCAUAACAGGCAAACUGGAUGAUGAGGACAAGCAGCACUUUAUCCCAUUUCAGCCGCUAGCGUUGGAUGACGCCAUUCGCCACAAGCAGCUGAACAUCUCCCGUUUUUCACCCAGGGUGGCAGGGGAGAGCGACUUCCUGCAGACCGUCAUCAAUAAAGUCAUCGCCGCCAAAGAGGUCAAUCACAAGGGCCAAGGCCUGUGGGUGACGAUGAAGCUGCUUCCUGGAGACAUCCAUCAGAUAAGGAAAGACUUCCCUCACCUGGUGGACCGGUCCACGGCGGUGGCGCGCAAGAUGGGCUUCCCUGAGAUCAUCAUGCCAGGUGACGUGCGCAACGACAUCUACGUGACCCUGGUUCAGGGGGACUUCGACAAGGGGAGCAAGACCACGCCCAAAAACGUGGAGGUGACGAUGUCCAUCUACGACGAGGACGGCAAGAAGCUGGAGAACGUGAUCUUUCCCGGGGCUGGAGACGAGGGGAUCAAUGAGUACAAGUCUGUCAUCUAUUACCAAGUAAAGCAGCCACGCUGGUUCGAGACGGUGAAGGUCGCAAUUCCGAUUGAAGACGUUAAUCGGAGCCACUUACGCUUCACCUUUCGCCACCGCUCGUCGCAGGACUUCAAAGACAAGUCGGAGAAGAUAUUCGCCUUGUCGUUCGUGAAGCUGAUGAGGUACGAUGGGACGACGCUGAGGGACGGCGAGCACGAUCUCAUUGUGUACAAGGCAGAGCCGAAGAAGCUGGAGGCGUCGUCGACGUACCUGAGCGUACCCGCCACCAAGCUGGAGCUGGAGGAGAAGGGCUACUCUGCCACCGGCAAAAGCACUCAGACCCUGGGGAGCUGCAUCAUCAGCAAGGACUCCUUCCAGAUCUCCACCCUGGUCUGCUCCACCAAGCUCACUCAGAAUGUGGACCUGCUUGGCCUGCUGAAGUGGCGCUCCAACACCAACCUCCUGCAGCAGAACCUCCGGCAGCUGAUGAAGGUGGAAGGUGGCGAGGUCGUCAAGUUUCUGCAAGACACCCUGGAUGCUCUGUUCAACAUCAUGAUGGAGAACUCUGACAUCGAGACGUUUGAUACCUUGGUGUUCGAUGCCUUGGUCUUCAUCAUUGGUCUUAUAGCUGACAGAAAGUUCCAGCACUUCAACCCUGUCCUGGAGACCUACAUUCGAAAGCACUUCAGCGCCACGCUCGCGUACACGAAACUGACCAAAGUCCUGAAGAACUACGUGGACCAUGCUGAGAAGCUGACAGACCAGCUGCUGAAGGCACUGAAAGCUCUGGAGUACAUCUUCAAGUUCAUUGUCCGCUCCAGGAUCCUUUUCAACCAGCUGUACGAGAACAAAGGAGAGGCCGACUUCAUGGAGUCCUUGAGGAACCUUUUCACAUCCUUUAAUGACAUGAUGAACAGUAAUUCAGAGAACACUGGCAUGGUGAAGGGUGCUGCGCUGAAGUACCUCCCCACUAUUGUGAAUGAUGUCAAGCUGGUCUUCGAUCCCAAGGAGCUGAGCAAGCUGUUCACGGAGUUCAUCCUGAAGGUCCCGCUGGGUCGCCUCGUGAAGCAGAAGCUCGACUGUAUGAUCGACAUCGUCCACAGCGAUCUCUUCACUCACCACGACUGCCGCGAGAUCCUGCUGCCGCUGAUGACGGAGCAGCUGAAGUUCCACCUGGAGAAGCAGGAGGAGCUGAAGGCGUGCUGCCAGCUGCUCAGCGACAUCCUGGAGGUGCUCUACAGGAAGGAUGUGGGCCCGACCCAGUGGCACGUGCAGAUCAUCAUGGAGAAGCUGCUGAGGACGGUGAACAGGACGGUCAUCUCCAUGGGCCGCGACUCCCCGUACAUCGGCAGCUUCGUGGCCAGCAUGACGGCCAUACUGCGGCAGAUGGACGACUACCAUUACGCCCAUCUGAUCGGCACGUUUGGGAAGAUCCGGAGCGACGUGGUGGAUUUCCUAAUGGAAACAUUUAUCAUGUUUAAAGAUCUCAUUGGGAAAAACGUCUACCCCUCAGACUGGGUCAUAAUGAACAUGAUGCAAAAUAAGGUGUUUCUACGGGCCAUUAGUCAGUAUGCAGCCGUGUUGAACAAGAAAUUCCUGGAUCAAACCAACUUUGAGCUCCAGCUGUGGAACAACUACUUUCACCUGGCUGUGGCCUUCCUCACCCAGGAGUCGCUGCAGCUGGAGAACUUCUCGAGUGACAAACGAGCCAAGAUCUUCCACAAGUACCAGGACAUGAGGAGACAAAUUGGCUUUGAGAUCAGGGAUAUGUGGUACAAUCUAGGGCCUCACAAGAUAAAAUUCAUUCCAGAGAUGGUGGGUCCUAUCCUGGAGAUGACGCUCGUUCCUGAGAUCGAGUUGCGAAAGGCCACCAUCCCCAUCUUCUUUGACAUGAUGCAGUGCGAGUUCCACUUCACGUGCAGCUUUCAGCGGUUUGAGAACGAGAUCAUCACCAAGCUGGAUCACGAGGUGGAGGGGGGCCGCGGAGACGAGCAGUACAAAGUUCUCUUUCAGAAAAUCUUGCUGGAGAACUGCAGGAAGCACAUGUACCUGGACAAGAAGGGCGAGAACUUCGUCACCCUGGUGGUUCACCUGCUGGAGAGGCUGCUGGACUACAGGACCAUCAUGCACGACGAGAACAAGGAGAACCGCAUGAGCUGCACCGUCAACGUGCUCAAUUUCUACAAGGAGAUAGACAGAGAGGAGAUGUACAUCAGGUACCUGUACAAGCUGUGUGACCUCCACAAAGAGUGCGACAACUACACGGAGGCAGCCUACACCCUGCUGCUCCACGCGAAGCUGCUCAAGUGGUCGGACGAGCAAUGUGCAGCCCACCUGACCCAGAGAGACGGAUACCAGGCCACCACUCAAGGACAACUCAAGGACCAGCUCUACCAGCAAAUUAUCAAUUACUUUGACAAGGGCAAGAUGUGGGAGGAGGCAAUCAUUCUAGGAAAGGAGCUGGCAGAACAGUACGAGAAUGAAAUGUUUGACUUUGAGCAGCUCAGUGCGUCCUUGCGGAAACAGGCCCAGUUCUACGAGAACAUAGUGAAGGUCAUCCGGCCCAAGCCAGACUACUUCGCCGUGGGCUACUACGGCACCGGGUUCCCCACCUUCCUACGCAACAAGAUGUUCAUCUACCGUGGGAAGGAGUACGAGCGCAGAGAGGAUUUCGUAGCUCGUCUGCUCACGCAGUUCCCCAACGCGGAGGAGAUGAAGACGACCACACCACCCAGCGAGGACAUAAAGUGCUCCUCUGGACAGUACCUCCAGUGUUUCACGGUGAAGCCCAUCCUGGAGCUGCCUGCCAAGUUCCACAACAAGCCCGUCUCCGAACAGAUUUUGAGCUUCUACACCGUCAAUGAAGUCCAUAAAUUCCAGUAUUCCAGGCCAGUGAGGAAGGGAGAGAAGGACCCCGACAAUGAAUUUGCGAACAUGUGGAUCGAGAGAACCACCUACUCGACGGCAUACAAACUUCCCGGAAUCCUGCGCUGGUUUGAAGUGAAAUCCGUCUCCACGGUGGAGAUCAGUCCGCUGGAGAACGCCAUAGAGACCAUGCAGCUGACCAACGAGAAGCUGAGCAGCAUGGUGCAGAGGCACAUCGCCGACCCCAACCUUCCCAUCAACCCCCUCUCCAUGCUGGUCAAUGGGAUUGUGGACCCAGCUGUCAUGGGAGGAUUUGCCAACUAUGAGAAGGCCUUCUUUAAUGACAAGUACAUGCAGGAGCACCCAGAAGACCUGGAGAAGAUUGAAAAACUGAAGGACCUUAUUGCCUGGCAGAUCCCGCACCUGGCCGAGGGCGUCCGCAUCCACGGGGAGAAGGUGACGGAGGCUCUGAGGCCUUUCCACGACCGCAUGGAGGCCUGCUUCAAGCAGCUGCGCGAGAAGGUGGAGAAACAGUACGGGGCGAAGACUCUGCCGCCGGCAGGCGAACGCCGAGGGCCUCGUCCUCCGUCCAUGGUGCGCUCCUUCACCAUGCCCUCCUCCCAGAGGCCGCUGUCGGUGGCUUCCGCAAACUCCAUCUCCUCGGACAACUCCCCCUCCAGACCCGGUUCUGACGGAUUUGCCCUGGAGCCCUUGCUCCCGAAGAAGCAGCACACGAAGUCUCAGGACAAGCUGGAUCGAGACGAGCCUGAGAGGGAGCGGAAAGACAGGAAGAAGGAGAAGAGGAACAGCAAGCACCAGGAGAUAUUUGACAAGGAGAUGAAGACCAUGGAAAUCCCACUGCAGCCCACUGAUGCUGUCAUUCUGUCAGAGACGAUCAGCCCCUUGCGCCCACAGAGGCCAAGGAGUCAGGUUCUCAACCAGAUUGGGGGAGACCGCCGCCUCUCGGUGUCCCCUGGACCCCCUUCUUCUUGCUCGAAUGCUUCCUCCACGCCCGGACCCCCGCCCGUCACACCCAGGAGCAAGCUCUCCUUCAGCACAGUGCACGCUAUUUCCAAUCUGGAGCUGAAUGGGAUGGGCUCCUCCCACAAGGGCGAAACCCCUCCUCCGCUGCCCGUCAAAGGCAGCACGGCUGAUUAUGGCAACCUGCUAGAUAAUCACGACUCGAUGAGUCCCUCAACGCCGCCGCCGCCGCCGCCACAUCAGAGGCACUUUCCGCCGCCUCUGCCCAGCAAGACCCCUCCUCCGCCCCCUCCCAAGACGACCAGAAAACAGGCCUCCAGUGAUUCGGGAAUUGUACAGUGAACAAAGACGCUGACAGUGGGACCGGGCAACGCGGACGAGACGAGGCGAGAACCGCUCCCCCUGAAAACCAGGUUGUUUUUACCCACACAUUCCUCGCUCUCGGUCCCAGCGCGACGAGACGAAUACCUCACUGCAGCCCACCCCCUCUUUUUAAAACAUUUAAAAUAGCCUUUUAUUUGAUGAUGAUGAUGAUGAUGAUGAUGCAGGCUGCCACAGGGAGCACAUUGCACAAAUGAGCGGUCACAGAACAAGUAGAUGCUGUCUACAACUGACACGGCGCCACUUUAAGCCAGCUUCACCACACGACUGCGUUCAGACUGAGCUCGGACCAACAGCUUCGCUACUGUCUGAGGGCUCGUAGCUCCUUAAAGCAUUAUUCCUAUUCCCACUAUGUACAGAGGUUUGUAUAUACGACUUUAUUUUAUUUCAGCUUUUUGUAUGUGACUCGAUCAUGCAUCUUUUUGUAUUAACGUAUCAUUAGGUUAAGUGGCAUUUAUAUGAAACAAAAAAAGGGCCCGUAGCUUUGUUUUCUCUCUGACAGGGACUUGACACAGUUGCUACGUGUGAACCUAUCACAGAUUUUAUUGGUUAAGGUUUGGAGUGAACAAACUAACUCCUGUCGCAUUACCAUUGCUCAGACAUUGCUGUAACCUUGAAUUUGCAUAAUAUUGACUUUUCCCAAUUCACUACUGACUCGACAUCUGAAUAAACUUUUCAAAUGUAUGUAUUUUUAAAGGAAA